GUUGUGUACCGUGCAUGUCACAGUAAUAUCCUUGUCAUUAUAACUACAUUCAAUUUCCUUUUUUGCUUAUAGACAGCUCAUACCCGGUCCUGGUGCUGCGCCUCCUCGGAGAUCGUCUACUGCGAUGCUUCUACAUACUAGGUCCGUGCGCCCCCUCAAAUAAUCUGCACUUCGGGGCUUUGUAAGUCGUUUUUCUGUGUCUUCUUCGCGUGUUCCUCGCCUUUGCAGCUCACUUUGUAUUUGUGAGUUAGUAUAACUUGAACUCCGAGAUAACUUCUACCCAACAACAGCCACCUCCAAUCAUGUCCAACACAAAGUCAGGGAGUGUCGAGAAGAAACUCCCAGAACUUCCCGAGGAUUGGAAACCUCCCUUGGGGUCCCGCGCUCAGCAGACCUUUGCGUUUUUCUGCACUCUCAUCCUCAACCAGCCUAAUCUCGAGAAAUUAUGGCGCGAGGUGGAAAAGGAAACGGGCUGGCAGGAGUAUAAUGAUCGCUUGCACCACGAGGCGGUAGGUCUCCAUGUGGGCCAAGCACUGGUUUUUCUUGCGAGCAUGGUGUGCAUCUGGAAUAUACCACACGGCGCUCAAGAUUUCGACGCCACUUCCAUCGAGUAUUGUUUUGUGCUGUUACACAUGUCGUCCAUAUUCUCUGUCGUAGGACUACUUUUCCAGGUGUGCUUUUUCAGAUCAAAUUUGAUGAUAGAGCUUUGUGAAAUUGGUAAAAAGGACAAGAAACCGUUUGGGUUGGGACGUUACGAUGUCUUGUAUCACGUCGGCUUGUUUCGUAUGUCGCAAUUCUGUCUUGCCUACUCUUUGGCAUCUAUCCUGGGCGCUCUUUCUAUCAUCCUCCUUGGGGCGAAUUACAUUAACUCUCUUAUAGGAGUUGUGACUCUCGGCAAAUUCUUGGACGAUUUUUUUAUGCAGCGUCAUGUCAGCUUGGUGUGUCUUCUGUCUGCUAGUGUAUGGUUUGGCAUUUUCGCCCAUUCCAAAUUUUUCACAUAAUCGUGAUAUACCUCUGGUGUUUUACUUUUCUAGUAGAACUCUUGAUAUUUAAUACCUAUGUGCUUGUUUCUUUAAUCUUUAUACACUUUUGAUCGACUUGUGCCGAAACAUUCGAUCUUCU